AUGGCUUUAGGCAUAUUUACUCGGAAUAUUAUCUGCAAACUUUCCCGCAGCAUUCGAAUACAAUUUAUGAAGCGCAAAUGUCCAGAUGAUAAGAGCUUUAAUGCAACAUCGUUGGAAUGUGUAAAUGAACCACAAUUAGCAAAUGACAUCGAUCCGUUCUUAUUGCCUCAAUUUCAGGCACCCGAUGAUCUUUGUGGUGGUGGCAUUCCAAUGACUCGUUUAAGUUCUCCAGUUAUUUGUAAUCCAUCAAUUAUUAGCUGUCCCGAUGGAUAUGUUUGCACGAUAUAUGCAAAAACGGGUACUGCAUAUUGUUGUCAAGCUGGGAGUGAAAUGUUGGGAGAUAAUGAAGAUGAUUAUUGUCCGGAUAAUCAAGUAACCUAUCUUGAGGUGACGAAUGGAAAACCGCGAAGUUGCUCAUUAACUUCCGACAAUUCAUGUCCAACAGGUUUCACCUGUACUGUAAUACGAGAUGUUAUCACAGAUAAAUCAUUAUCCCGAUGUUGUGGUGAAAAUUUCGGCUGUCCACAAAAUUCCGCUGCACAAAUUAAUCCCAUUACUGGUUCCUUUGUUUCCUGUUCCACUACAUCAGCAAGUUCGUGUCAAAAUGGUUUUGCUUGUGUUCGAAGUACUGUUUUUGAUAGAUCAAUCUGUUGUUCGGAGACAAAUUCAGCAUCACAUGAUUUUUGUCCGGCUGGUAAAGCUUUAAAUAAUGGUGCUGCGGAAUGUUCUGAGAAAUUACCAUGUCGUGAUGGAUACUUUUGCGUAACAAACGGAACUAAAAAUUACUGCUGUCCGUCACACGAAAAUGUUUGCACGUUACCACGUGAAAUCGGUAAUUGUUGGCAUAAAAGAUCGGAAUUAUCCGUCACGCGGUUUUAUUUCGAUACUAAAACAGGCACUUGUCGAUCGUUUAACUAUAGCGGUUGUGGCGGUAACGAUAAUAAUUUCCUUAAUUUGGAUCAGUGCAAUGGAUUUUGUCUUUCUCAACAAUGCGAAAUCGGAAUAGCAUAUCGUAUGGAUGCGUUAAAUGCUGCAUGCUCACCGCAUAUGCCAAAUACGUGUCCUAAGCAAUUUACCUGUCGUGAGCCACUUUUUGGACCCGUAUCCAUAUGUUGUCCUAAUCCAGAGAUGGUAUGCAAGGAAAUGCCAUCUGCUGGAACAAAUUGUUUCGGUCGAAGAAUAGCUAUUCAGCGAUAUUAUUUUGAUCGAACAACAAAACAAUGUCGACCUUUUGAAUAUUUCGGAUGUUCUGGCAACAGUAAUAAUUUUCGCAACAAAGUGGAUUGUGAAAAUUUUUGCUUAGCCAAUCUUGAUAACGUAUGUGAUGGUAGCGCUCCAUUGAAAGAUCCGAGUGGACGGUUACAAAAAUGUACAUCAGCUAUGGCAUGUCCUUCCGGAUAUAAUUGCAACGCUAAAAAGUACUGUUGUCCAACAUCUGAAUUUGCAUGUACGGUAUCAAUGAGUAGUGGACGUUCAUGUGCAAAUAGCAUGCAACGUGCCGCAUGGUAUUAUAAUGCAAUUACUGAAAGUUGCAUGCAAUUCAUGUAUUUGGGUUGUGAUGGUACCGCAAACCGUUUUACAAGUCAGGAAGCAUGCAUAAUGCAUUGUGCUAAAGGAUCUAUCAAAUUUGGACAAUGUCCAUUGGGAAUGUCACCGUAUAUAUCUGAUGGAAAUAAAUUACCUCAGAUGUGCAAAUUGAAUGUUAUGGGUUCAUGUCCGGCAUUAUCUUCAUGUGUUCCAUCAACAACAAAUACUCCGAUUUGUUGCAAAACCGAAGCAACCUGUCCCGAAAAACAAAUACCGUAUAUUAUUCCGGGCUCGGAUUCAACGGUAAGCUGUCAACCGAAUAGAGAAAAUUGUCCAUUAUCAUCGGAAUGUGUGGAAAGCUCAAUAAAAGGUUUUUAUAUGUGCUGCUUACGAUCAAGCAGUAAAUCGCUGGACAUAAAUUCAAAUUUCGAUAUUGAUUGUCCAGAAAAUCUUCCAACAAAUGGUCAAUAUUGUCAAAUAAAUGGUGACGAUGUGUGUCCCAAAGGAUAUAUUUGCUUGAAUCGUUUACCUUCAGCGGAAGGUUUAUGUUGCAAAACGAAACCUGCAUGUCUGAAGGGAAAGACACAUUUUAUUUAUGGACAAAAGGCACAGAUUUGCGGUCCAGAAUUGGAUGCAUGCCCAAAAGGUACGGCAUGUUUGGUAUCAUCCGUGCCCACUGUUAGUGUAUGUUGCAAAUUUGCUUCACUUCCAGCUGCAGCAUCAAAAUUCUCGCGAUCCAAUCUGAUCACACCGCUAUGCUCAAACGGUCGAACACCCUUCUAUGAUCCCGGUUCGCGAACACCAAGACAAUGUUUAACAUCACGUCGUGGCCAAUGUCCUAGUAAAUUUAAUUGUCAAGUAGCUAAAUCUGGUGGCUUGUAUUAUUGUUGUCCGGUUUCACCAUACGAAUGUGUUAAUGGACGUAAAGCUUAUACAGCACCCGGUUCAUCGAUUCCACAAACGUGUAACGUAAAUUUCAAUAGCUGCCCACCAGGUUACAGUUGUCAUCCAUCUGCAGAUGGUUCUGCCACAUACUGUUGCUUGGAUGUUGCAUCAGAAGCGGAAUGUCCCAUUGGUGCUUCACCAUAUCUUUAUGCAAAUCGUCCAUUAGCAUGUCCAGCCGGAUCAAAUCAUUGUCCAGCCGGUUACGGUUGUGUCAGAUCAACAGUUUACACAGUACAUCUCUUAUCAAGCGAACCGCAAACUUGUUUACCAAUGAUAAAUAAUUGUCCAUCUGGUUAUCAAUGUAAAGAAAGCUCAAUAUUGGGUCAUUACUUGUGUUGUACUUCAGGACAUUUAAAUACCCGUUAUACUGGAUAUUGUCCAAUGGGCCAAAUACCGUAUGUUCGAUAUGCAAAUGAAGAACCCCGAACUUGCCAUAUGGCUUUGCAACCAUGUCCUACAGUCGCUCAGUACAUGUGUAUUUAUAGUGCCGAAAAGAUGAACUCGUACUGUUGUGCACCGAUCGAUACAGCUUUCAUUGGUCAAUCGGAAAUUUCAUUGCAACAGCACAGACAUCGCAUGCCAAUAAUGGAAGAUGAAUUAGGGUGUCCGAUAGGAUCACAAGCUUUAAUGGAUCAGUGGAAUCAGUUUCAAGGUUGCAAUCCGGGAAUGUGUCCUCAAAUGUAUUCAUGUCACUAUUCAGUUCGACAUAAUCGCUAUCAGUGUUGCUUAAGGAUGACAGGUGCCAUCCCGAUGAUAUCUGCAAUAGCUGCCGAUACUGCUGAAGGCACAGAAUGUGAAGCUGGGACAGCAAGAAUAAAGGGUCGAUGCAUGAGAAUACUAUAUCUCGGUCAAAAAGGUUGCGAGGAAAAUGACCAAUGCUCGAUGCGUGUAGCCGAAGCGCGAUGUGAACAAAGUUAUUGCGUUUGUCCACGAAAUAAACUGAUACAUCAAUCAAAAUGUGUAACACAUUGUCCUGAGGGAUUCAUCGAUAUAGCAGGUAGAUGUCGUGAUCUAACAACUAUAGUCUUCAUGGAUUCGGUAGACGAACGUACCAAUGGUACUAUCGGUGGUUUUUGUAAGAACACCGUUAUUGCUGAGGAUCAAUGUGAUGUGGAUAAUUCAUAUUGCAAUGAGAUUUCAGUUACCUGCCAGUGCAAACCGGGUUACGAACUAAAAUUUGAUAUGGACGAACAUGAUAAUACAGGUUCCUGCGUUAAAAUGGUGAAAAGCAAGUUUACAAAUCAAACUUCGACAGUACCUGACGAAACCAAUUUUAUAGAAUUCUAUUUUACGGAAGAUGACUCAUUCAGGAAUGAUACUUUCCCAGUAUUGGAAAGUACAUCAUUAGAAGAUGAUUCUGAGAACUUAGAACGAUACUUAAUUCAAACUGAUGAUGACAAUAUACCCAUUGCAUGA